AUGUGUCCUGGUAGAUGUUGCCUUGGCCUCACCAACUCAGCACCAGGUGUUGGAUCGCUGUCGACUUCAUUUUCCCCGCUUUUCACAUACGAGACGCUUCGUAAGUUGCCGCCAGAUUCAAAAUUUUCUUCGUCAAUCUCUGCUUCUCCGGACCGUGCCUCGUCCCCAACUGUGGGUGACGAGCUAAGUUUGCAUAAUGAGAAAAGCGCCGUAAGCAUUCCACGCACAAGACACAGGUCGGCGAAGUCUGCUCUGAAGCAAGACACACAGAUCUCCAACUCCUCCGUAGAGGAUCCAUGCGGUAAACAAGAUGAAAGCGCAGCCAGGUGGAGAGGAGGCACCGACGAAAGAGUGCCACUGCCCACUGACCAGGGCUUCGCCGCUCGACUGGCUGCAAAUGCGCUUGCAAAUGUUCGGGGGUGUCCUGGGGGACAGGAUGCGCUCAGCUCGCUGUCUGGAAAUUUGUUUUUGGCUCCUGAAUGGGAGAGGAAAGUUCAGCACUGUCUGCGGUGGUUUUAUGUCGAAUACAUCGAACUCGGGACGCAAGACCUUGAUGUGCCUGCGAGCGGUGUCAGGACGGUACUGCCACCCCCAGUAGGCGUUGUCUCUAGGCAGUCCACCGGUCUCUUCUUACAAGGACGGACAACCUCGCGGCGAUUAAUUCCUUUCGGUGCACAUCAUUGUUUACGGUGUCCUCCUUCACCCGUUCUUCCAGCAAUCCAGGAGCCUCUUGCAAGAUUUCUCUCGUUCGCCACCUUUCUGCUUAACCAGUCUUCGACAUCGACAGAAGGCAGGUCGGAUCGUGCAGCCAUUCUUCUCAAAGGCCCCCGAGGGUCCGGGAAACGGACACUCGCCCGGCACGCUUGUCAACAGCUUGGCUUUCACUUCAAGGAAAUCGAUGGCCUCGCUUUAUCUCAAGGAGCCUCAGGAACAGCUGCAGCGGCAGGCAGCGCAGCAAUCCAUGUGGAUGGCUCAAUCGCGCCCGGGACAAACUCACGUUUUUCGGCAGCUCUUGUGGAAGCGGCAUCCGAAGCCACACCCGUCUUGAUUUACAUCAGAAGGAUGCAUAUGCUUUACCGCUAUGUAGGAGGCGACGCGCCCAUUGGGGCGGACAUGCAUCGUCUUCAGGUAGCGCGCGAAUUGAUAGAAGCUAUCCACAGCACUGACGAAACGUGUUCAAGCCCAAUCUUGCAAGUUUCGCCGACGGAAGUAGCAGAGAUCUGCACAGGCCUUUCCGCUGCUGAAGUACAUUCGCUCUUCCAUAGAGUGCUUCACGCCAAGGUGGCAGCCCUCCGCCAGGCGCAAUCUCCCGCCGCUACCGGUGUGGUACAUCCACAAGAGACCUGCAAGAUUCCUCCCAUUGAAACGAUGACAGCUACAGAUUUCCGGCGAGCCGUUAAAGCUUUCCGUUCAGACACUGUUGACACUACAGUCCCAACGGUCCACUGGCAGGACGUUGGCGGCAUCGAAACAGCGAAGCAGGAGAUUCGUGACUACAUUUCUCUACCCCUGGAGCGUCCCGAACUUUUCGACGGAUUAAAGACACGAGGGGGAAUCCUGCUCUUCGGGCCGCCUGGAACCGGCAAGACUCUUCUCGCUAAAGCGGUUGCAACUGAGUGUGGUGUAAAUUUCAUUUCUGUGAAGGGUCCGGAACUUCUGAACAUGUACAUUGGCGAGAGUGAAAAAAACGUUCGGAUGGUUUUCCAAAAGGCCCGCGCCUGUAAACCGUCAGUCCUUUUUUUCGACGAGCUGGAUGCUCUGCUGCCCCGCCGAGGACGAACAUCGGAUUCUGCUGGCGUCCUUGACCGAAUCGUCGCUCAACUGCUUGCUGAGAUAGAUGGAUUACCAAGCAAUGUUUUUGUCAUUGGCUCCACCAACCGGAUAGAACUGAUUGACAAGGCAGUACUGCGCGCCGGCAGGUUGGACCGCUGCGUAUAUAUUGGAAUCGAGCAGAAUCGCAUACCGCUUCUUGAGACCCUUACUCGGCACAUGACCCUUGAGGAGACAUGCCAGGAUCCUACCGAUCCUUCGUCAUGUACCGGGAGCAUUUGCAGCGCGCGUCGUCGCCUUUUGGAAACGGUGAACAACCUUCUUCCUCCUCAAUUCACAGGAGCUGACUGCAAAUCUCUCUGCAGUAUUGCCGGGCUUCUCGCCGCCAAGGAGAAAAUUAACUUUCUCAAUGAUAUGAGUGAAACACUGAAUAUUCCCGCAAUCGAGCUUCAGGAGUUGUUGCACGAAUUGGAGGACAAAGCACGCCGGGUUCCGAAGCGGAAAACCUUCCUGAGUUCGUCCUGGAGCCUAGCAGUAUUGAUGACAGGCACAGGGAAAGCGAUGGGCUGGGCGGGCGAACUUGGCGCAACUGUGACUGGCUGCUUAAUGGCAGAAGAGCUUUUCUAUGGAAAUCAAGUUGUACCAAAGGAAAAGAAGUCAUCACUGGCCGGCGGGAUGUGGACAGUUCCGAAAUACAAGUUUAUUGUGGCACCGCCGCUCAGGACGCGCAUCACCGAAGAAAAGAAAACAUAG